AUGGGACAUCUGCCACGAGUGGCUUCCUUGGCACCAGUGUCAGAUCAAGCUCUGUCUAAUCAGCAGACAUUAUUGGGCGACUCUGGAAAUGUGAAUAUGUUGGGCAAUCAGAACAAUGGUCCUCGGCCAUUUUAUCUGAUUGCUCACCGCGUCCUUACCACCCAAGGUAUUCACGAUGCCCUCUCCCACGGCGCAAAUGCGAUCGAGCUGGACGUUUCAGCCACGAAGCAAGAAUGGUACGCCGACCACGACGACACACCUUUCACACGUGGAGACACGGUGCGAACGAUCUUCGAGGCCGUCGCGGAGCAGCGGAAAGAUGGGAAAACGAUAACCUUCGUGUGGUUAGACAUCAAGACGCCUGAUCGAUGCGACCCAUCGACACUACAGACCAGAAACUGCUCCAUUGCAGGCCUACAAGAUCUCGCGCGACAGAUCCUGGAGCCCGUGGGCGUUCGGGUCCAAUAUGGCUUCUAUGACUCCAAGAGUCGUGCGUAUGACUGGUUGCUGGAUAGGCAGAGCAGCAACGAAGUCAUCAAUCUCAACGGCAAGGCGAACGAAGUGCUGGAGGCGUACACUUCGGCUGGCAUUCCCAAGAACAAACGAGUCAUCUCGUACGGGAGCUGGGUCCUGUCAUUUCUCUUUGGAAAUUGCAAUGAAGACAGCUACUACACUUGCACGGAGCUUCGACAAGCUGUGGAGUCGCAUGGUUUCGGGAAAGUCUGGGGCUGGACGACCCUGGCUGGCCAUCGUUGGUAUGCGGAGAAGAUGCUGGACGACGCUGGUGUGGAUGGCUUGAUUUACGGGUUUCGACUGACUUCUUAUUACGACCACGAGGGUACUCGUGAAUCGGCGCAUGACAUUCUUAGCUGGAUCGCGGCCCAUCCUGAGAAGCGAUACCUGGCUACCAAUGAAGAUGCCCCGUGGUAG